AUGAGCAGCGGCACAUCCAAACAUGCCUCCGCCUCCAAGCUGGGCGACCUCCUCGCCCAAGUCGGUCUCAACGAGCCGAACCAAUGGGAGGAGAUUGAAGACACAGCCAAACACCUCGCUGAUGAUCUGCGCAUAAAGGACGUCGAUCAGCAAACUGCCCUGGGCAAGACUCUCCUCCCUCAGACUCUCAACUCCCUACUAAAGGUUGCAAUCAACGGCGCGGCCGUCCCCGAUUCGGCAUGCAAACCCGCCAUCUAUGAAAUCCUCCGAGUGGCAGCAAACCUAUGCAUGGACCAUGGCAAGUACACUUUGUCGCUUUAUUAUGAGAACCGUUCGUAUCUAUUGGAUGCCGGUUUUCCGCAAACGGUGGUAUCUUUGUUAGAAGGCUACGCAGAAGGCGUCCAGUCAAAUCAUUAUGACCCACUCCCCUUGUCAAUCGCUGAUCUCAAAGUGGUCAAAACGUGUAUUGGAUUUCUUCUAAAUGCCAGUAUCGGUUACGAGCCUGUCAAGACUCGUCUCAUUUCCCUGGAGGCUGCCAUCACAAUCUUGAAAUUGUCUAUGACGGUGUAUCCUCCUGGGUCAUGGCUAGUUGCGCAGCAUCCUGAUGACGUAGUGACUCCUGAGUCCGAUAAACAUGCCAUUGAGUCAUGGACUCUACGGAGCGGAUUGUCACCGUGGGCCUGGAGAGCGAUUUCAGAAUUAAGAGACGACGAAGAAGACAACCAGCAAGUACGAUCAUUAUUCGGGCCCGAUGCUCUACCAUUCCUCACCCGCCCCCUUCGAGCGUUUGUUCCUCCAUAUUUACCACCAUCUACGUCGUUUGUUGCGCCGUCGUUACGGCAUACUUUUGCUCUAGCGGAUUUUGAAUCAUUGGAAGAAGUCUGUGGUCUACUAGAGUCCCUUUGUCUGGAUUUGGAAGACGUCCGACUCUCGCUUGCACGUGGACUGACAUUUCCUGACGGAGAGCAUGAUGGUGUGACGUGCCUAUCUAGUAUGCUGACUUUCAUAGACAACGGCGAUUAUCCACCACACUGGGCAACCGAGUCAGCAGGAGAACGUGCCUCAAUGGAGAAAGCAUUUGAUAUAUGCAAGGCAGCCAUUGUGAAAGCGGUUGUGGAGGUAGCAGGUGAGGAGAAGAACGCAGAUACUUUAUGGGACGACUCAGAGCCGCAGAAGCCGGGAGGGGAAUUUGUGAAUACGAUGGUACAGUGGAUAAGGAAACAUAAACUCAUCAAGGAAACCAAUCGCGACGACCUCAUUAUCUGUGCAACGCUUUCUUUAGGCAAUCUUGCGCGCAGAGGCACGUUACACCACGUUCGUAAUGCUCACGCUACUGCACUAAUUCGGCCACCAAUUGCUCUUGGGCCUGACCUUGCCACUCUCCUUGAGCCGGACACUGAUAUCAAGGUGAAGCAUGGGCUAGUGGGGCUUCUCAAGCAUCUAGCACAAUCACAGAGCAACAGGGCUGCACUCGGUGAGGCUGGCAUCAUUCAAAGGCUGGCAUCGUCACAAGUGUGGGGCGACAAAGCAGACAUGGCGGAAAUGGUGCAAGUCUCCGCGAUCGGCGUUGCUAAACACAUGUGUAACGGGAACGUCGAAAAUGCAAUUGCUCUGGUGUCACCGCCCUCGGACUGUUCGUUGGGUUCGCCCCUGAAUCAGAUUCUGGCACUCGUCCGACGAUCAGACUCCAUCGCUGUCAAGAGCGAGGGGACGAGAGUCCUCGUUAACAUCGUGAAAGCAUUAUGGGCGAGUGACCCGGCCGCCGGUACAGACAAGACGGAGAGGAGAGAAGCGGCCGUACGGUUGAUUGUCAAUACAAAUUGCGCCUCGGCCCUUGCACAGCUUGUUGGCCGUAGUAAGAAGUACCCCGUGUUGAUCAACGAGGGUGUGGUCGCGUUGUCCUUGAUGAGCACGCAUUCUAGUGGUGGCACGUUGGUUCUGGACGCAAUUUUAAAUCCCCUUCCGAGCGAAGUCGUACGGUCCUCCCAGUCGCAGCCUGUGUCUGCCGUACCCACGGAGGGUUCCCCGGUUGUGGGCCCUCGCAGCGCGUUGGACAUGCUUGUUUUCGUGCUCGGAAAUGCAGAGUCCAUGCCCAUGGAAGUCCGUGCCAACGUGUGUGCGCUGCUUGGACAGCUAUGCAGGAAGGGAGUCGUGGCAAAGGACAGGACAGAGGAUCUCGCGAGGAUGAAGGAGGCAACGAGGGAGCUCAUUGAGGAGCUCGGAAAUGAGAUUGACGGCAAACCCUCCCCUCUAAGCGUAUCCGCUAAGCGGGCGUUAGAAGCUUGGGACUGA